CUUUUCUUGCUUGUGAAGAAAGCUCUGGAGCAGACUCAAGUCUUAUUUCUUUUAUAGUUUGUUUUUCAUUCUUCUGAGGCCCUUUGGGUGUAGUGACAACUUGCUUGCCUCUGUUCUGUGCGUCACGUCCGACUUAGUUUCCGACGUUAUUGUUGCGCCGGUUGCUCGCACGCCAAGGACCGAACAACCAAACGUCGGUCGCAAUGGGCUUCUCAACACCAGAAGAGUUUGACGCGGCUUACAAGUCGACCCGUGAUGCGUUCAAUGCUGGCAUCACCAAGGACAAGAAAUGGCGUCUCAAGCAGUUGAAAAAGGCAUUCUGGAUGAUGGAGGACAACAAGGAGCGCAUCUGCAAGGCCCUGUACGACGACUUGCACAAACACAAGCAAGAGUCGGUCAUGGCCGACAUCGUUGCCGUCCAGCACGAUAUCCUCGACACGAUCAAGAACUUCGAUGCCUGGACGAAGGAUGAGAAGCCUUUCCGAUUCGACCCUCUCAACUUUAUGAUGGGAACCACCGUCAGAAAGGAGCCGCUCGGAGUCACCCUCAUCAUCGGCGCAUGGAACUACCCGAUGCUGCUUCUGCUCCAGCCCAUGGUUGCAGCCAUUGCCGCGGGCUGCGCCGUCAUCCUGAAGCCGUCAGACGUCGCCGUGGCAAGUCAAGAUCUGCUCAUGGAGAUGAUUCCGAAAUACCUCGACCAGCGCGCAAUCAGGUGCGUGACCGCAGGGCCCAAGGAGAUGGCUUACAUCCUCGAGCACAAGUACGACCACAUCUUCUACACCGGGUCGGCAGCCGUUGCCAAGUUCAUUCACGCCGCGGCUGCGAAGCACCUUACGCCCGUCACACUUGAGCUUGGUGGCCAAGGUCCAGCCAUCGUCAGCAAGAAUGCCAACAUCGAGCUCGCGGCAAAGCGCAUUGCCGCAACAAAGUUCAUGAACGCCGGUCAGGUCUGUCUCAACGUCAACCACGUCCUCGUUGACCCUAGCGUUCGCAAGGAGCUCGUCUCCCGCAUGGCCAACUACUUUGACACUUUCAACGGCGGCAAGGGAAACAGGCCAGAGUGGAUCACUCAUGUCGUGAACGACCGCAACUGGGCCCGUCUGGACAAUUUGCUGAAAAAUACCCAAGGCAAAAUCGUGUAUGGAGGCGAGCGUGACGCCAAGACACGCUAUUUCGCGCCAACCAUUGUUGUGGACGUAAAGCCAGGAGACUCACUGUUGUCCGAAGAGUUGUUUGGACCUAUUCUUCCCGUUGUUGAUAUGACAUAUGAUCAGGCCAUCAAGUUCACCGCCCAGGGCGAGCAUCCUUUGGCGCUUUAUCCGUUCACCGAGAGCCAAGCCGAGAAGGAUCGCAUCAGCAAGGAGACGCUUUCCGGUGGUGUCACUUUCAAUGAUUGCGCACUCCAUGCCUUCGCCAAAGGCGCUCCUUUUGGAGGCACCGGCAAUUCCGGCACUGGAGCUUAUCACGGCCCGUACGGCAUCCUCACGUUCUCGCACUUGCGUACGUACGUGAACGGGCUGCCAUCGUGGAUGGAGGGCCUGAUGUCGGCACGGUAUCCACCAUACAGCGACAAGAAGACGAAGUUUUUGGCGCCGCCUCCCAAGGCGUCGUUCGACAGAGAGGGUAAUGAUAUUGGUGUGUUUGGAAGCAUGGCAGCACUAUUAGGCUUUGGAGCUGCUGCGGCUACAGCGAAAUCAAAGAAGUCAAAGAUUUGAAGAUACCCUGAAUCGUUAGCUUUUUCUCAUUUGUAAUCGAGAUCCUUGUGCAAAUCAUAGGGCUCUAUUCGCUCUUUCAG